GCGUCGUUUUUCGUGGGCGUGGAUCUGCCUAAGUAACGGUGCGGGCCACACUUCGGGGUUUUCAGACAGAGAUACUGCCACUAUAUUUCGCUUUCUCGGGUUGAUUUAUUGAUCCGCAGUGAUCAGGCAAAUCCGACUCAUCUGCAGUCCAUGCGCGACAGAAACGCUCGACUUGAACUCAACAGCAUAUGCUGAAUUUGAGUUGCAAAUAGCUGCGCGCAAUCGCUUUGUAAUCCUAUCUCGACUUUGGAAAAAAUUGCGUACAAACCAACAAUGUCUCGCGUUGAUGCAGGGCCGAAAAAUGACUCGGACUCGGAAAAGAAGACUGAACCGGCCCAGGACAGUUCAUUGGGAGAAAUGGACGUCCCUAAAACUAAACUCUUUGAUGCCAAGGCAAUCUUAUGGACUUUUGGCAAAUGUCUUACUGCCUUGUUGCCCGUUUACCUGGCUGGUUACUAUCGGAUGAGCACUAGUUUAGUGGUGUUUGGGAUGAUGGUUUACGCAGGAUGGAAACACUCUCGUGAGGCGAAGGAGGCGAGACUGAAAUCCGCUAUAGAGUUGGUCAACGACAAAGAAGAAUAUAUAUCCUCCAAAUCAUUUAGAAGUAGAAGAGACCUGCCUUCUUGGGUAAGAAUGCACAAAAGUGUGUCUUUUGUUAUUCUUGAAAAAAAAGAAAAAUUGUUAUUUAUGUAUAACGUCCGAAUAAACCCACAUAUGACGCACUCUUUCUCUUCCUGUCUGUGUUUCAAGGUUAUCCAGCAGGCCUGGCCAUUUAUUGGUCAGUAUUUGGAGAAGCUGCUGACGGAAACCAUUGCUCCAUCCAUCCGCGGCUCCAGCACUCAUCUGCAGACGCUCUGCUUUACGAAGGUCGACUUUGGUGGCAAGCCGAUGAAGGUGGUUGGAGUGAAGGCUCAUACAGAAAAUGAGAAAGGUCAAAUUCUGCUCGACGUUUACAUCAGUUACGUGGGGGACGUCGAGAUAAAUGUGGAGGUGAAGAGGUAUUUCUGCAAGGCUGGUGUGAAGGGAAUACAGCUUCAUGGAAUGAUGCGUGUGAUUUUGGAGCCUCUGAUCGGUGACGUCCCAAUCGUGGGCGCUGUAACCAUGUUCUUCAUUCAAAGACCUGGAGUUGUGCGGAUUCACCUGCUGGAGGCUGAUGGUCUGGCUUCGAAGGAUAACUAUGUGAAGGGUGUGAUGGUGGGCAUGUCUGACCCAUAUGCCCUGCUCAGAGUCGGGCCGCAAACCUUCAAAUCCCGCCAUCUGGACAACACACUCAAUCCCAAAUGGGAUGAAAUGUAUGAGGUCAUCGCUCAUGAGGUGCCUGGUCAGGAGCUAGAGGUGGAAGUGUUUGAUAAAGAUGCUGAUCAUGAUGAUUUCCUGGGCAGGACAAAAUUAGAUUUGGGGAUUGUGAAGAAAUCUAAAAUAGUGGAUGAGUGGUUCACCUUGAAGGACACCCGUACAGGACGGGUUCAUCUCAGACUUGAGUGGCUGACACUAGAAGCAGACACAGAAAGACUGGAAGAGGUAACACCGUACAUACACAGAGCACAGGGGGUUUUGAUGGAAAAGGUUGGUUCGCCCCUCCCUCCAUUGCCAGUGUAUCUGGACAAGGCUGAGGCACUUCCUAUGAAGAAAGGCAAUAAGGAUCCCAAUCCGAUCGUUCAAAUCUCAGUGCAAGAUGUUACUCAUGACAGCCGGAUUUGCUGGAAUACCGUGAACCCCCAGUGGGAGGACGCUUUCACUUUCUUCAUCAGAGAUCCAAGCAAACAGGAUAUUAGCAUACAGGUGAAGGAUAAUGACCGUGUUCAGGAUUUGGGAAGUCUGUCCAUUCCUGUUUCCCGUCUUCUCUCUUGUCAAGAUCUGAAUUUGGACGAGUGGUUUAAUCUGGAGAAUUCGGGUCCAGAAAGCCGCAUCCACAUCAACACAGUGCUCAGGGUGCUCUGGUUGGAUGAAGCCGACGUAACUUCCUCUCUCCUCUCCAGUGACCCUCUUUCAAAGAGUUCUGCAUCACGUCCACAGAAGACGAUGCCCCAUUCCAGCUUCGCCACUGAGGGGAUGCUGCGUAUCCACCUCGUAGAGGGUCAAAAUCUGGUGGCGAAGGACAACAUGAUGGGUGGGAUGGUGAAGGGCAAGAGCGACCCGUAUGUCAAGAUCCAAAUUGGAGGUGAAACCUUUAAGAGUCAAGUGAUCAAGGAGAACCUCAGCCCCACCUGGAACGAGAUGUAUGAGGUGGUUUUGACGCAGCUUCCUGGUCAAGAGUUGACACUGGAAGUUUUUGAUAAGGACAUGGACAUGAAAGAUGACUUUAUGGGCAGGCUGAAGAUGAAUCUGAGUGACAUAAUCAGCUCUCAAUACAUUAAUGAAUGGUUUACUCUGAGCGACGGUAAGCGUGGCCGUGUUCAUCUCGCUCUGGAAUGGCUGCCCGCUGUAACACAGCCAGAGAAACUACAGCAGGUGUUGCAGUACCAGUCAAAGAGCUCAUACCUGAAUAAGACAGUGCCGACUGCCGCUCUCCUGUUUGUGUAUGUGGAGCGCGCGCAUGAGCUUCCUUUGAAGAAGAGUGGAAAGGAGCCUAAAGUUGGAGCUGAGCUGAUUUUGAGAAGAACUUCUCAUAGAACCACGGUAUGCGAUCGCACCAGCUCUCCACGGUGGGACGAGGCAUUCCACUUCCUGGUUCAAGAUCCAUUGAACGAAGACCUUGUUGUGAAGUUGACCCACAACUGGGACUUCUCUCUGGGAUCUGUGGUGAUUCUCGUCAAAGAGCUUCUCUCUGAGCCAGAUCUGAUGCUGGACCAGUGGCUUGAUCUGGAUGGAGCGUCACCCCAGAGUCAGAUUCUGCUCAGAGCUCAGCUGAAGAUUCUUUGCUCUAAAGAGACAGAGAGCUCUGAAGACCAUGAGGAACCUAAACGUCCUGAAGUGUCCAGCAUUAGAAGAAAACAGGAGGAGGAAUUAGUGCAGAUGUCUAGCUUUGAGGAGGUCCCACCAUCUCCUGUCAGCAGGACUUCCUCUGUGUCAGUCCCAGAAGAGGAAGAAGUCCCAGAGGUCACAGAGGACCCAGAAGUUUCCAGUUCAGAUGACCUUCGACCCUUGCACACCAUCCCUGACCCCAGCUUUGGUGCUGAGGGCGUGCUCCGCCUCCACCUGCUGGAAGCUGAAGAUCUGGUUGCGAAGGACAACAUGAUGGGUAGGAUGGUGAAGGGGAAGAGCGACCCGUAUGUCAAGAUUCAUAUCGGAGACACAGUCUUUAAGAGUUAUGUGAUCAAGGAGAACCUCAACCCCACCUGGAACGAGAUGUAUGAGCUGGUUAUGACCUCCACGUCGACCUCUGAUGUCCUUGUGGAGGUUUUCGACAAGGAUGUGGACCAAGACGACUUUUUAGGGAGGAUGAAAAUCAGCUUACAGGACAUCAUUCAGUCCCAGCUGACUGACAAAUGGUUUUCUCUGAGUGACGUCAAACAUGGCCGGGUUCAUAUGGUUCUGGAAUGGCUGCCUACAGUCACACAACCUGACGGACUACAAAAGGCUCUGCAGUUACAGUCAGAGCAUUCAUACCAGAACAAAUCUGUGCCGUCAGCUGCUCUGUUCUUCAUCCUCUUGGAGAGAGCUCAUGACCUGCCGCUGAAGAAGAGUGGAAAGGAGCCCAAAGCUGCUGCAGAGCUGGUGUUGGGUGACAUUUCUCAUAAAACCAAGGUGUGUGACCGCUCCACGUCUCCCGAGUGGAGUGAAGCUUUUCACUUCCUCAUUCACAACCCUACAGAGGAAAUUCUUAUUAUAAAGCUUUCAAGUGCCUUUGAGCAGCCCUUAGGCUCUGUGGUUCUACCAAUCAGAGAGCUGCUUUCAAAACCAGAUCUACUGAUGGACCAGUGGCUGAGUCUGGAUGGAGCGGGUCCUGACACUCAGAUUCUGCUGAGGGCACAACUUAAGAUUUUGGACUCAAGUUUGGAUACAAGUGUCCUUCAUCGUAAAAAGCCUGUUGUUGAAGAAGAGCAUUCGGUGAGUGAACAGCGUGAAGAAAAAGCACCAAUCGCUGUUGAGCACUCACAAGCUGCAGUCAGUAAGGAUUCUGAGAAGAAAACACUGCCAACAAAAGGGCUCAGUGAACUAGCAGCCUUUACUUUACCAGUACCUGCAACACUGCCUGAAGAACAUCAGAAACCCAUGUCAGACGCCCAUCACACGCCAUCUGUCCCGAAAACACUGCUUGACACUGAGGAUCUCAGCAAUGUUCCUGAUUCCACUACCAGUGAGGGUGGAUGUAUGGAACCAGUCAAAACAUUUGGAUCAGCCCAUGAAGAGCAAAAACACAUGGAAAAAGCAGAAGAGCAGUCUGGCAAGAAGGUUUCUCCCAGUGUCCCUGCAGAGGAGUCAAAUGUCUCUAGCUCUACAGACGUACGACCCCAAAAGACUAGCCAUGGCCCCAGCUUUGGCACCAAGGGGGUGCUGCGUAUCCAUCUUUUGGAAGCUCAGGAUCUGGUAGCGAAGGACAACAUGAUGGGUGGGAUGGUGAAGGGCAAGAGUGACCCCUAUGUCAAGAUUCAUAUCAGAGACACAACCUUUAAAAGUUAUGUGAUCAAGGAGAACCUCAACCCCACCUGGAACGAGAUGUAUGAGAUGGUUCUGAGUCCUGAUAAUAAUCUAGAUGUGAAGUUUGAGGUCUAUGAUAAGGAUUUUGAAUCUGAUGAUUUCCUUGGAAGGUUCAAGCUCAAACUUGGACAUAUCAUCAGUACCCAGUAUGAUGAUGAAUGGUUUACUUUGAAUGAUAUAAAACACGGUCGAGUCCAUUUGGUCCUGGAAUGGCUUCCCACCUCAACACAGCGGGAUAGAUUGGAUCAAGUAAUGCAGAUGCAAAGCUCUCAGACCUACCAGAACAAGUCUGUGCCGUCAGCAGCGUUGUUGUUUAUUUAUUUAGAAAGAGCUCAUGAUCUGCCUUUGAAGAAAAGUGGAAAGGAACCCAAAGCUGCUGCUGAACUUGUACUUGGAGCAACAUGGUAUAAAACCAAGGUGUGUGAUCGAUCAACUUCUCCUUACUGGAAUGAAGCAUUUGACUUUCUGGUUCACGACCCCAAAAAGGACAUGCUUGUCAUUAAGAUCUCAAGUGCCUGGGACCAACCUAUGGGGUCUUUGGUUCUUCCAAUCAGAGAGCUGCUUUCAAAACCAGAUCUACUGAUGGACCAGUGGCUCAAUCUGGAUGGAGCUUCACCAAAGAGCCAGAUCCUACUCAGGGCACAGCUGAAGAUCUUGGAUUCAAAAAUGGCCGCCUUAAUAGCCAUGGGUUCAGGUCCUGUGUUGAGUAAUAUGCAGACGGCCACCACUGGUCAGAUCAAAAUCUCCCUUUUCUUCCAGAAGAAGUUGACAGUGAUCAUCCAUGCAUGCAGUGGUCUGGUUACAUCAUCUAAGGACAGCUUAGACACCUACGUCUCCCUCAUUCUGCUGCCGGAUAAAAACAAGGCCACGAAAAGAAAAACAAGUGUGAAGAAGAAAAAUCUCAACCCAGAGUUCAAUGAAAGGUUUGAGUUUGAUAUGAGUGUGGAGGACGCUCAGAGACGAGAGCUCAGCGUUUCUGUGAAAAACGCAUCCUCGUCCUUCAUGAAUCGAGACAAAGACUUGAUCGGCCAGGUGCAGAUAGACCUGGGACAUGUUGACUUAAUCUCUGGAGUCACAGAAUGGUUUGAUCUAAAAGAAGAGCAGAACUAACUGAACACAAUGCUCUUGACCUGAGCACUUCACAGCCAACCUUAAACCUCUUCCUGAAGUUCAUCAGGUUAACUUCGCUGCUGUGUAUCGCUGCCAGUGCUUCCCUUCCCUCUUUUUUUUUUAUAACUUCACAAACACAUAUUUCUUCCCUCCAUCUGUUUAUUUAUCAACAGAUGAUUUCGAGUGACCAGCUCAUGUGAUGAAUGUGAUUGAUCUUUGUGGUUUGAACAUAUUGCUGCAUUGAGUAUUAUAUCAGAACUGAUAUAUAAAUUGGUGAUGUCUGUAAAGUCAGUAAUCAGACGACUGAAUGUUAACCGUACGUAUUUACAGAGAUGAAUGUUGAGCAGGUGUCUGGAAAGAGUCUCGUCUUCCUGUGCAGGUUGCAGGGACGUCGCAUUUGUGCUUAAAUUUAGAAGGAAAUUAUGUUUUAAAAUGGGUUUUUAAAGCAAAGAAAUGUUUUUGUUUUUAUCAAACGUGGAUACAAUAAGAAAUCUUGUUUAAAUGUACAAAUUCAUGGAUUAUAAUUGACAGAUCUUUGUGCACCAAAAAUAUAAAGUGGUUUUAUUUAGACAGUCUACAUAUCACCACCUAAAAACGUUAUGUAAGAUGACUUAUGUGCUGUUACCACUGCAGAUCUCCACAAUCAUAGUGUUGCGCUUCGAAAACUAGCUGCUGUUUACACAUUGAUGUCUUAUGUAGCUUCUGCAGUCCAUUGUGAUGCCAAAUAUCUAGAAGCUCACAUUUUUUAGCCAAAACUGUUGUUAAAGCUUGCUUACAUUGUGUUCAAUCUUAAAAGAGUCAUUUUUAUUUGCAGUCGUUUAUGUUGCCAAAAACUGCCUGGUCUAUACUUAGGGUUCCCAUACUUGUGAAAACCUUCAAACAUCGGGGAAUUUAAAUUGAUUUCCAGGCUUGCAAAAAUCAUGGAGCAUAAAGUGUUAAAAGUCCCAAAAAUGUCUGUAGUGAGUGUCAAUUUCUGGUUAUGCUUUGACAUUGGGUUUCAGAGUCAUAUGCAUUGAAUCAAAUGCUUUGAGCUGCAUUCAGAGCUCAGGCUCUCUCUUUUUUUGUCUCUUUGGAGACUUGUACACCAUGUAUGGUUGUUUAAAUCAUUUAAUUCCAAGGAUUGGUACCCGAGUUACAAAUGAAACGCCAGUAAUGUCUAAAAUGAUUUUAAUGAUAUUUACCACUAAUAACUGGAUAUGGUGAUAAUGAACAACUGUAAAUGUCAUGGAAAUUCAUUUGUUAAAAGGGUUAAAGCCCUGUGCAAGAUCUAGACCAAUAGCAAAUGCCUUUUGCUGAGCUUUGUUUGUUUUUUCAUGAUUUUUUUUACGUUUAUAAUAUACUUCUAUACACAAACUACCAUUCAAAAGUUUGGGGUCAGCAAGAUUUUUUAAAUGAAUACUUUUAUUCAGCACGGACACACUAAAUUGAUAAAGUUGACACUAAAGACAUUUAUAAUGUUGCAAAACAUUUCUAUUUCAAAUAAAUGCUGUUCUUU